CUGGUUUUGGAGUUCGUUUUCUUUCCUGUUCUCCAGGCGUCGUGGGAAUCGAAUCACUUGGCCCUUCAUGCGAGUGUUGUCAACGAUCAAGUGUGGAGGAUCAACAUGUACCGGUAUGGUCCUGCUUUUCCAUGGCUUUAUUGGUGGCAAACUCUGUGUAUUAGUUAGCAUAGCAUGAACGGCACAGCCUCCAGUGGUGGCAAGGACCGAGUGACAGUCAAGGCUUCUCAUACCCAUCCAACUCAAGAGACAUCAGGGGUAUCUGUAUCCACUGCCACUGCCAAGAUGGCUCUGAAGAAACGGCAAAGAAGAUUUGUUUCUGGAGACAAAGAUCCUCCUUCUGUUACUGUCACUGCCAGUGGUAGUGGUAGUACAGGUAGUGCUCCUCCAGGUUCCGAGACUUCCGGUUCUGUGACCUCUUGCACUGCGGAUCACACAUUUUCCAUUUCAAGUAUGCAUAGUGAUGACCAAGACCCCUCAGCUGUGUCAGUAUCUCCUGUCCGUGCAUUGAUUGCCCGUAUAGAGUCUCGACUGGCCCAGCAGCAAGAGGGAGACGAUGACAAGAUUGCAGAGAUCCAAAAGUCAUACUCUACCAGUACAAGUACAGGUAUUGCCACUCCCAGCAGAGGUGCCACUAAUAGGGUGCUUCUCUCUCCAGCAGCAUCUGCCCAUACCGGUACUACAAUUUCUACCACGGAUGAAGAAGAAGAGGCAGAGAAUUUAUUGCAAGAAGAGUUAGAAGCACUCCACCGACAGGUCGAUACCGAUGUGCACAAUCUGGAGCAUUUGGAAGAAGAUUUCAAGGCAGACCUGGAGAAAAUGGCCCAGGGGUUGCUAGAACAAGAACUGAGACAACAAAGAAAUAGUAGUUUCAACACUACUCCAGAUGCUGCUGCUACCAAAAACAAAUCCAUGCUAACUCGGCCGGAAUCAUAUGCUACCCUGCUAUCCGAUUUAUGGUCCGAUGAAUUCUCCGCCGCAUCUUCGGCAUCACUGGAAGAUUUGGGAUUUGGAUGGAAUUCCAGAACAUCUUCUGUGUUGGAUAUGGAGAACCAUAUUCCAGCAUCGCCAACAACAACACAUGAUCUCCGGCAAGAUGACGAAGACGAGGAAGACCAGGAUAUUGGAUUAUUGCUAGACGACAGCGACAGUAACAGAGAGUCCAUCCACAAGCUACAAACACUCAUGUCCGAGGCAGCAUCACAACUGUCUCGAGAGCUAAAAGAAGUCCAGGAUGUCAGCCAAGAAGGACAUUUACGACCCUAUGUACAUCAAGAUAGUGACGACCCACAGCAAAUAGAAUUGUCACUCAAUCUACUCCCGGAACAAGAUACUUCGACUGCCACAAGUUAUGGUCAUCAACAUCACGAUCACGACCGACACAAUGCUAUCAAUCAUGACAAUCUACUGCAACAACAGCAACAGCAGCCAGUACAUGUACUGGAACCCAUGGAGUUGGAGCCACAAACAAAAAUGUCUCAACAUCAAGAACUAAUAGAAGAUGCUGUGCAAGACUAUCAAAUACACAAACGAGAGCUAGAGGAACAGUGCCAAGAACAACUGAACCAAGACAACAUGGAAAUAGAAGAGGCAGAAGCUUCCUUGAUAGACUACGAGACCAGGAGAGAAAAGGCCAUUCAAGCGGCUUUGGUAGACUACAAGAUGCACAAGGAAGAACUGGAACAAGCAUGCCAAGACCAGGACGAAGUACUAGUACCACCCCCUGAGGAAACACUUCCAUCUCCUUCUGCACCUUAUUCCUCCGUGCUAUCUACCUACGUGCCGUUGUUGCCGUCGGCGCAAACCAUCCAAAAGCACGUGAGACGACAAGUCUACUGGCAUCAAUCCUGGAUUGUACCGGCCGUCGCCAUGGUCAUGGCCAACUUGGUGUCGCCCGAUGGCGCGGCAACACCGUCCACCUCCAUGUCCUUUCAACCACACUUUUCACCCGCUGGAAUUACCUUGUUCGAGUUGCGAAUGUAGUAGUACGAGCAGUACGACGAUCGAAGGAAAACAGUUUGCUCGAGUCAGUAUAGACUGUUUCGACAAAGAAGGAAGCAACGGACUUGGAAUGAACGUACAGGACUCUGCCAAUGCAAAAGUCGCGUCGAUCAAAGAUCGCAUGCAGCGGACGAUUGGAUCGUCUUUGUUCCCUGCGAAAUUUGUGAUGGAAUUCCUUCGCGCAUGUCGGAGACAUAAAAGGACAAACUGGCAGUCAAAACGUAUGUGGUUUGGAUGUGUGCUUCUGGGAACGCCUUUGGUGUGACGACGACGGGACACAAAUGUUCGGUCUAGUAUUACAAAAGACGGUUGUAAUGUACAUGUACUAUGUAACAUAAAGGUAGCAUAUACCUACCGUAGCUGGUUUGCCACCUUUUGUAAUUGUGUAGUUUGUCCCUACGUGGCAGUGCUUGCAUUCUUCCCUUUCUCCAUUCUUUGCGCCCCCCUUGGAUCCAAGCAAAUGCCACCGUAUCAUGUAACGUGCCGUACAGAAUUGUAUCAAGAACGGAAAAAUGGUUUUGUCGUUUGUCCCCUUCUUCCGUCGAACGAACACCUUCAACGCAUCCUCCAGAUUCCGCACACUGUCUGUCGCAUACAGCACCAACCAAGCGAUCGACCCGUCGUUCCUCUUUGCAAUCCUGCAUGGGGGCAUGCAUGUUUAACUAUGCAAAUGCCGAAUAUCCACGAGUCGUACUCGUCCGGGCGUAUGCAUCGAGACGGAUGGUAAAAAUCCUUCUCCUUCGUGAUCGUUCAAAUGAUGUCGUAGAUUGGUAAAGAGUGGAAUCAAAGCAUGCGAUUGUUCCCCGACGUACAAGGUCCCAUUGCCUUUGUCUCUCGAUUUCAAAUUGAGUGUCAAUGUCACUUGGGAUCCCGUCCCAUAUCCCGGAAUCUCUUGUUGUGGCGAUGGCUGCUCGACGGGUCGACCCCCAAAGAAACAUCCUCCGUCACAUCCAUAAACCCAAUUUCGAUCUUGCAUGGCAUCUUGAUCGGUAAAUGUUUCGCAUAGAUUGGACAUGGUCAAUCCCAACCAAGUCGAAUCACCCGAUUCUUCAAUAAUGACAGUCCAUCGAUGAAUGCCCGAUUGAAUGGGUGGAUAUUGAAGGACGUCUUCUUUGAGUUCAUCGGAAUGCCGCGAUGUGAAUACUUCCGACAAACUUUUCUUCCAAGAUGCUCCGGUGAAUCGCGGUCGUUGAAAGGCAAUCCCAUGAUAUUUGUGCGAUGCCAUGGCUUGUCGUUGAAAUGCCCGCAGUAAUUGCUGUUCGGUGACAAGCCCGGAGGAGGCUACGGAUGUAGCCAAUAUGGGUGGAUCGAUGCAUUCGAGACGAACAAAUUGUAGAAAAUGUGCCGUGACCAUUUUGCGACGGACACUGGUGGACAGGAGUGGUGCGGAAGAGGAAUUGUUGUCCUGAUGAUGAUGAUGAUUGUUGUUGUCGUCCGAGAGUUCCGUGGUGACAGAAGCCGUGCGACUGGUGUCGGUGGUGGACGAUUGAUCGUCCUUAUUAUUAUUGUGUUGUUGUUUUUCCUUUUCCUUUUCCUUUCUUUGCUCUUUUUUAUCAUCCUUGUGUUUUUGUUGAUUUCCGGAUUUGACCGUUUGUGCAUCUCCUUCGGAACUAUCCAUGACGGCAUCAUUGGACGCCACAGAGUCGGCAGAUGCUUGUGGUUGUGUGGGCACGAGUUCAGCCGGUGACGAUGCCCAUCGUUUGAGUAUUUUAAA